AUGUCGAAGUGGAGGGGACACCCGUCCGUCAAGGGCAGCAGUGAGCUGGUGAAGAUGGUACUGCUCUGCUUCUCCGCCAUUGGCAUCACGUUUACUUGGGGAUUUGAGAUGACUUACUGUACCCCGUAUCUCCUCAACCUCGGCCUCAGCAAGAGCACCACCUCCCUCGUCUGGAUAGCGGGCCCCAUAUCCGGCCUCAUCGUCCAGCCCAUUGUGGGCACCAUCGCGGAUCAAUCAACCUCGAAGUGGGGCCGACGCCGGCCCCUCAUGGUCGUUGGCUCUGUCAUCACCGCCCUCCAUCUGUUUUUGCUGGGCUUCACCAAGGAGAUUGUGGGCUUCUUCCUGCCCGAGUCGGAAUUUUCGAGUCGCUUGACGAUAUGGCUGGCCAUCUACUCCAUCUGGGUCAUUGACUUUGCAAUCAACGCAUCCAUGUCCUGUUCGAGGAGUCUUGUCGUCGACAUUCUUCCAAUCCACAAGCAGCAGGCCGGAGCCGCAUGGUAUAGCAGGCUCGCGGCAUUUGGCCACCUGCUAAGCUACGGAAUCGGGUCAGUGGACCUCGUGACGACCUUGGGCACCACGUUUGGCGGCUCCCAGUUCAAGCAGCUCGCCCUCAUCUCCAUAUUUGCCGUGCUUGCCACCUGCGCCGUAACCUGCUGGUCCGUUACCGAAAAGCGUCGCUGCGGCGAUUCGGACCAUUUGGUCCACCCUCCUGCACCUACCUCCGAGAGUGAGGGCAAUCUGCUGGGCGCACUUUUGGUCGUGGAUUGUGAGGCUUUCUUUCUUCAGGCAGCUCGUCUAUUCCGGUGUUGGUUCCCAUUCAACUUUUACGGCACAACCUGGGUUGGCGAAACGUACUUCCGCUACGACCUCACCCCCGAAGAGCGAAAGACCCGGGACCCGCUCAGCGAGAUUGGCAGGAUCGGCAGCUCGGCCCUCGUCAUCUACUCUCUCAUCACCUUUGCCGGCUCUUUCCUUUUGCCGCUGUUCGUCGGCUCGCCCGACGACUCGGACUUCACCCACCGACCGCCCAGAGCCAUCGCCUCGUUUCUCAACCGCAUCGAGGCCAUCAAGCCGGAUCUCCUGACGGCUUGGAUCCUCGGCCACCUUGGAUUCUCGCUUUCCAUGUCUCUGGCACCGUUUGCGACGAGCUACAAGUUUGCCACUGUCCUCGUGGCGUCGUGCGGCCUUCCUUGGGCCAUGACGCAAUGGGCACCGCCAACUUUUCUUGGCAUCGAAGUGAACCGUCUCAGCGGCGAGUCGGACACGCUCCCAACCACGUACCAACCCGUGUCCGGGCCUCACGCAGCAUCUCCCCAUGGGGCCUUGUCACCCGUGCACUCCCAGAGGCCCGCGCUCUCGCCUCUACUACCGCCGGGAGGCGAUGAGGCCUCGCGGAACCCCUCGCACACCAGCUCCCGCUCCUCGGCGUCGUCGUCGGCAUCCGCGCCGCCGAGUUCGGCCUCGGGAGAGUUAUCCGGUAUCUACUUUGGCAUCCUCAACAUCUACACCACCAUCCCGCAGUUCCUCGGCGCCGUCAUGUCGGGCAUCGUCUUCUCCAUCUUGGAACCCAAAAGAGCGCAGACUCGGUGGAAAGCAACGACAAGGAGCCUACGCUAG